UGUUUUGAAUUGGCAACAUGAAACUCUUGGCUGUGACUCUAUUGGCUUUCGCCGCGGUCGUCUCCGCGAGGAACAUCGACCUCGAGGAUAUGAUCGACCUCGAAGACAUUACCGCCUACGAUUAUCACAACAAAAUUGGAAUUCCCUUGGCCAAGGAAAUCCGUUUAGCUGAGGAGGAAGCUGAACGUAACGCGUCCAGAAUUGUUGGUGGCUCAACUGCCAGUCUCGGCCAAUUUCCUUAUCAGGCUGGUCUUAUAAUUGACAUGCCAAACGGCGAGAGUGUUUGCGGUGGUUCUUUGUUAAACCAAAGGAGGGUACUUACUGCCGCUCACUGCUGGAACGAUGGUCGCCAACAAGCCAGGAGACUCACUGUUGUUCUCGGCUCAAUUCGCCUAUUCAGCGGUGGUACUAGGUUGUCUACCACUAGCAUUGUCAUGCACGGUAGCUGGAACGCAAACCUUAUCCGUAAUGACAUUGCUAUGAUCAACUUACCUUCUAACGUUGGUACUUCAAAUAACAUUCGUCCCAUUGCUCUACCGUCUGGCAAUGAGCUCAACAAUCAGUUCGCCGGUGCUACUGCUAUCGCAUCUGGCUUCGGUCGUACCAGAGAUGGUGGUGCCGUGAGCAAUGAGUUAAGGCAUGUCAGCCUGCCCGUGAUUACGAACAAUGUUUGUAGUCAGUCUUUCAAUGUCAUCCACUCCUCAAACAUUUGCACCAGCGGCGCCAACGGCAGAGGCACUUGCCAGGGUGACUCCGGCGGUCCUCUUGUUGUGAACAGCAACAACAGACUUAUUUUGAUCGGUGUGACCUCUUUUGUAUCCGCCCGUGGCUGCCAAGUGGGUGCCCCAGCUGGCUACGCCAGGGUUUCCUCCUUCAUAAGCUGGAUCAAUCAACAUCUCUAAAAAAAAUAUGUCCUUGGAAUUGAAAUAAUAUUAUGUUUGGAAUAAAAUAUUUAAACUGAA